CGCCAUCUUGUGGGGCAGCUGGAGGGAGACGCGGCGGCCGCUGCUGAGGCAGCGAGAGACUGAGCGCGCCGGGCCGCACACACACUCUGCCGUUAUGGUGCUCUUGGCCGCAGCCGUCUGCACAAAGGCAGGGAAGGCCAUAGUUUCUCGGCAGUUCGUGGAGAUGACUCGAACCCGCAUUGAGGGGCUGCUGGCAGCCUUCCCCAAACUUAUGAACACUGGGAAACAACACACGUUUGUGGAGACAGAGAGUGUGCGAUAUGUAUAUCAGCCAAUGGAGAAGCUGUAUAUGGUAUUGAUCACCACCAAAAACAGCAAUAUCCUGGAAGACCUAGAAACACUCAGGCUCUUCUCUAGAGUGAUUCCCGAAUAUUGCCGAGCUCUGGAGGAGAACGAGAUCUCUGAGCACUGCUUUGACCUGAUUUUUGCCUUUGAUGAAAUUGUUGCCCUGGGCUACCGUGAGAACGUAAACCUGGCACAAAUUCGGACCUUCACAGAGAUGGACUCACAUGAAGAGAAGGUGUUCCGAGCAGUCAGAGAGACUCAAGAGCGUGAAGCAAAGGCUGAAAUGCGCCGUAAAGCCAAGGAGUUGCAGCAGGCCCGAAGGGAUGCAGAGAGACAGGGCAAAAAAGCACCAGGCUUUGGUGGAUUUGGCAGCUCGGCUGUGUCUGGGGGUACAACAGCGGCCAUGAUCACAGAGACCAUUAUUGAAACAGAGAAGCCCAAAGUGGCACCGGCACCAGCCAGACCAUCAGGUCCCAGUAAGGCUUUGAAGCUUGGAGCUAAAGGGAAGGAGGUGGACAACUUUGUGGACAAGCUGAAAUCAGAAGGAGAAAAUAUCAUGACCUCUUCUGUAGGGAAGCGCUCCUCAGAGGCAGCCAAGGUUCUCGCUCCACCCAUUAACAUGGAGAGUGUGCAUAUGAAAAUCGAGGAGAAGAUUUCCUUGACUUGUGGCCGUGAUGGUGGGUUACAGAACAUGGAGCUGCACGGCAUGAUCAUGCUGAGGAUCUUAGAUGAAAAGUUUGCCCGGAUUCGCCUCCAUGUAGAAAAUGAAGACAAGAAGGGGGUACAGCUACAGACUCACCCAAAUGUGGAGAAGAAACUUUUUACUGCCGAAUCUCUGAUUGGCUUGAAGAAUCCAGAGAAAUCGUUCCCUAUUAACAGUGAUGUGGGGGUGCUGAAAUGGAGGUUGCAGACCACAGAAGAGUCUUUCAUUCCGCUGACAAUUAACUGCUGGCCAUCAGAAAGUGGGAAUGGUUGUGACGUUAACAUUGAAUAUGAGUUGCAAGAGGAGAGCCUAGAACUGAAUGAUGUGGUCAUCACAAUCCCAUUGCCGUCCAGUGUUGGCGCCCCAGUGAUUGGAGAGAUUGAUGGGGAGUAUCGCCAUGACACCCGGAGGAAUCUCCUUGAAUGGUGCCUGCCAGUGAUAGAUGCCAAAAACAAGAGUGGCAGCCUGGAGUUCAGUAUAGCUGGGCAGCCCAAUGACUUCUUCCCGGUGCAAGUCUCCUUCAUCUCCAGAAAGAAUUACUGCAAUAUACAGGUUACCAAAGUGACCCAGGUAGAUGGGAACAGCCCUGUAAAGUUUUCUACUGAGACCACCUUCUUGGUGGACAAAUACGAAAUCCUGUAACGCCAGAAGCAGGGAAUAACAAAUGAAUUUUUUAAAUUAAAAGAAAAAAAGGCUGAAGUUUAUUCUGAAUGUCUGGAACGCCGCAGCCUUCUCUCUGCUAGGACACACGGUUCUGUCUGCCCAACUGCAGUGUUUCUGGGUCACGGGCAUUCUUUGGCAGAGAUUUGACAUGAUCAUAUGGGGGAAAGGCUGCUAAUUUCUUUGGCAGAUUUUACCGGCCAGCAGUAAAGCAGGAUCUCCAUUGAGAAACUCUGGCUUUGAUGCCUCCCCUUCCUCUCUCCCACAAAGCUGACUACUUAGCGCAGUCCCAGAAUGAAACUACACCUCAUUCUCUUUCUUUUUAGUAUAUCAAGAGUUCUGUUUCUUUUGUUAUGAUAAUUGCCAUUUUAACUUAUCCCCUGCCUCCAGCCCUUGUUUCCAUGGAUUCAAAUAUGCAUUAAAAGAUUCUAUACAUGGGU